GAUUUCACACCGACAGUGAUGCCCAGCCUCUCACUCAAACAAUGAGACUGGAACUUUAAAAAAAAAAAACAAUUUAUUUGCAAUAUAGCUACUAUUUUGGUCUUUCUGCACCUUGACACUCGACAUCAUUAUUGAUUUAGAUCUUCUUUUGUGAAACUUCUAAUCACCGGUGACUCAAUCAUCAAUAAGCAUGAGUCUUUAUUCGCCGGUUCCUCUUGUACUGAUCCGCGUCUGAGCUGCUCACACAACAGCCAAAAGACAAGAUGAGACAACUCAAGGACCCUGUCUCCACAUAGACUGGAGAGGAACUGUUAUCGUUGUUAUGGUUAUGCUGACAGUGGUUGAUCCUGAUGGAUGUGAGAUGUCGGUUUCUCGUCACCGUCUGCUCGCUGCUGCUCAUCGCGCGCAGUGACGGCUCUCCGUUCACCGACUGUAUUCAGAGCAAAGGCAAAGCGGGCUUUUACGAGGGAUCCAUAGACUCGACCGAGUCAGGCGUGAAAUGCAUGAACUGGAGCGAUGUGCCCGGUGUUAUAGAGCGGUAUCCGGGGAAAGGACUCGGGGGUCAUAGUUUCUGCCGAAACCCGGACGGAAGAAUUCGUCCCUGGUGUUUCUUUCCAAACACCCGGGGACGCAUGGACUGGGGCUACUGCGACUGCAAGCAAGGUUCUUUGCGACUGCAGGGAGGCAGAUCCAAGUUGGAAGGUACAGUAGAAGUGUAUCUGAAUGGUGUGUGGGGAUCCAUCUGCAGUAACGGCUGGGAUGAGCGAGAUGCCGCUGUGGUGUGUCGACAGCUGGGACAGGGCUAUAGAGCGCUUGCACGUGUGAGUCCUCUGUCCCGUCUGGUGGUGUCUGUAGUUCACUGGCAGUCCGUGGACUGUGAGGGACAGGAAGAGGACUUACUGCAGUGCAGUCACACCGUCUGGAACGGGGGAGAGUGUGUUAACCGUCAGGCAGCUGCUGUCUCCUGCACGCCAGUGGAGGCUUCAGUGUUUGUCCCAGUACGUCUGUCUGGUGGGCCGUCAGCAUAUGAGGGCAGAGUAGAGGUGUUUCAUGCAGGACAGUGGGGCACAGUGUGUGAUGACCAAUGGGAUGAUAAUGACGCUGAGGUGGUCUGCAGGCAGCUGGGGUUGGGGGGCAUUGCUAAGGCUUGGGUGGGAGCAUAUUUCGGUGCAGGCUCAGGGCGAGUAUUAUUGGAUGAAGUGAGCUGCACAGGAAAUGAGCUUUCCAUAGAGCAGUGUCCAAAAACCGCCUGGGGGGAGCACAACUGUGACCACACAGAGGAUGCUGGAGUGUCCUGCAUCCCACUCACAGAUGGUGCGGUGCGUCUGGUUGGGGGUGUGAAGGGUUGUUAUGAGGUUGUGUGGGGGACCGUGUGUGACACAGGCUGGACACAGACCAACACGCAGGUCGUUUGCAGACAGCUGGGCUUCAGAUCAGGGGAGAGUGUGUCAGCAGGGCGGUUCGGGGUUGCGGCAGGUCCCAUUCUCCUGGGUGAUGUCAGGUGUAUAGGAAAAGAGCCCACAGUCACACAAUGCAGCUGGAGGGGCUGGUUCAAACACAACUGCACUCACAACCAAGACGUAGCCAUUGUCUGCAACUCCCAACGCUCCAGGGACAGAGUGCCCACCAGUGUACCUGUGAGACUGGUGGGCGGAGAGAAUGAGAGAGAGGGGCGUGUCGAGAUCCUGGUGGGUGGCCAGUGGGGGACGGUUUGUGAUGACGGAUGGACGGAUCGGGAUGCAGAGGUGGUGUGCAGACAGCUGGGUUACAGUGGGCUGGCUAAAGCUCGUGUAAUGGCAUAUUUCGGAGAAGGUGAGGGGCCUAUUCACACUGACAACGUAAAGUGCACAGGUGGGGAGCUUUCACUGAUUGACUGCAUCAAACAACCAUUUGGGACACACAACUGUCGCCAUAGCGAAGAUGCCGGUGUUAUUUGUAACUAUGGGUUACAGAAGGAUUCUCCUGAGGUCAAAGAGGCAGUGGGCUCCAUGUGUGGUCUAAGACCCUCUCAUACACGUCAGAAGAGAAUAAUAGGCGGGGAGAACUCGCUACGUGGGGGCUGGCCGUGGCAGGCAGCUGUGCGCUUGCGAGGGUCUCAGGCAGAUGGGCGCUUGGUGUGUGGAGCCACUUUGAUCAGCAGCUGCUGGAUUCUGACCGCCGCUCACUGCUUUAAGAGGUACGGUAACAGUACUGGGCUGUAUAAGGUUCGUGUGGGUGAUUAUCACUCUUUGGUUCCUGAGGAGUAUGAGGACGAGUAUGGCGUGGAGAAGAUCGUCCUUCACCCGCGCUACCGCUCUGACAGCAAUGACUACGACCUGGCACUGGUGCGUGUGUCUGGCCACAGAGCUCACCGGGGGGUCCCAGGCCACUGCGUCACGCUGAGCCGCUCCGUGCUGCCCGCCUGCCUGCCAAUGCGGAGGGAAAAAGUGCCAAAGGGCAUUGCCAACUGCUACAUCACAGGCUGGGGAGACACAGGUCGUGCAUAUUCAAGAACUCUCCAGCAGGCCUCGAUUUCAAUGUUGAGCAAGCGUCAGUGCGAGCAGCGCUAUUCUGACCAGUUCACCAGUCGCAUGCUGUGCGCCGGCUCCUCCCACGACAACCACCGCGUGGACAGUUGCCGUGGAGAUAGCGGCGGUCCGUUGGUGUGCGAGAGACCUAGCGGGAGUUGGGUUGUAUAUGGGGUCACAUCAUGGGGUCACGCGUGUCGACUGCAAGAUGCACCCGGAGUCUACACAAAAGUCUCAGCCUUCAUGCCCUGGAUCAGGAAGGUCAUUGGCAAGUAGGAACCAGAAAAAUCAACCUGUACCAGACAUUCUGACUAUGCGGGCAGAAAAAAGAGGCACAAUUUUAGAGUAAGAAGACUUAGAGCUAAAUAGAUUCAUUUUAGAUAAUAGUUUAAAACAUUUUCAUAACACUAAGUCUUAAAUGGCAGAGAUAAUUACAUAUUGUCUGUCAUUAAACAGUCAUCAAAAAUGUUUACUUUGCAAAUACUACAAAAAAACACUAAACAAAAAACUAAUCAGUAUUUUUGUUGUCCAGUAAAAAUAUCUAAACAUUCUUAAAUGAAAUAUACA